GAAAAAGAAGUCAACUGGCACCUCCCUUUCAGGUAACAAGCAAGUUCUCACAUUUUGGAACUCAGAGCACUAACAGAGGUUCUGGGCAGGCGGAUCUCCCAAACGUUGCAACAUGACAGAGACAGCAGAAGCUGUAGCAGCCGAUGUAGACAGGAAGAGAAGUGUGACAAUUGAAAUCGGAAAUAUCACCAACAACUACUGUCUUCUCAACCCCAAGGUGUUCCUUGAGAAUGGGGAGACAUACAACCCACCUCAACCCACAGUGCGCCCUCAAAAGACAGAGGUUUGCACUUUCACCAAGUCCAAGGGCAAAGCAACCGGUAGCAUUGGUGUGCUGACCUAUGACCUCUUCGAGAGGUCACAGAAUGACUACAUCGAGACUCUGGCCAUCAUGUUCUCAGUUCCCUGGGACUACAACCUAUACAAGAACUGGUUUGCAGUGGGCAUCUAUAAAAAGGGCCGUAACUGUGAUAAGGAUUUAUACAAAGAAAUGUACUAUGAGAAGAAACAGCAGGAGCAUGGGUUUGUCAGGGAGGAAGCCAUUGGGUCAGGAAUCAAUUAUGUGGGCAACUACCUAGAUAUCAGGGCUACCAUGUGUCCCCUGGAAAACUCCAUCAUGAAGGUGGAGGUGUGGGAUAAGCUUUUCACACCCAUGGGUCAACAGGCGCACUAGAGUAUUUCUGGCAUGUGUCCCAACAACAGCAUUCAUCUCCUAAUGCUUUUACCUGUCAGACGGUUUCUAAUACAGUGAGCACGCAUGAUUUAACAGAUGUAUUGUUGCUGACAUGUGUCUGUAUACCUGGGUAUUACCCUUCAGUAAAUCUGCUUAAGAUCAGAGCUUAGUUUGUUUAUAAAUUCAGGCAGCAAUAUCCCCUCUUUAAAGCCAAAGCCUCUCACUGUUUCAAUAGCAUACAGUUUUAAAAUGGCAUCUUUAGAAAUGGAAAUCAAAGGAUGACUCACCGGUGGAUGAGGGCACAUAGCUUAAUAAAAUACACAGAGAAUGUGUCUGUAUUUACCUUGACACUGUAGUCUGAGGAAUAAAAUAAACCUUUUUUUGCCAACGCUA